GUCAACGGCGUGAUAAUCUAUGGUAGGGACUCAGAGACGGUGAAGAACACCCUGACCUCAGCCAGCCAGAGUGGUUAUAUCGUCUGUGCCCGGCCCCAAGUCAACGGCCCUUUCGCUGACGUCACACCAUUUUCGGUGAUUGAAGAGGAGAAUGAGGAGGAUAUCUCCAUCGAUGUAACCUCGCCCAUCAGUGCCUUCGAAGGCACUGAUGAGAUCUACCACAUUAACUCGGCCGAACUCUCGCGAACAGACGCUGAUCGUAUUAGAACACCAGAGCCAACUGAAGAGGCCGUAUUUUCAGCUGUUUUCUCCCCGGCACCUGCUGUCCCCAACCAACCAGCCAGGACCCCUUCUCCGCGUGUAGCUGCGCCCAACACUGUGAACACGGAGGAGCGUCGUCCCCUCUAA